AUGGUCAACUGUCAACUGUCAACUGUCAACUGUCAACUGUCAACUGUCAACGGUCAACUGUCAACUGUCAAUGGUCAACUGUCAACGGUCAACUGUCAACGGUCAACUGUCAACUGUCAACGGUCAACGGUCAACGGUCAACGGUCAACGGUCAACGGUCAACGGUCAACGGUCAACGGUCAACUAUCGACUUUCUCAACCGCCAACUGUCAACCUGCUCAACCAACUGUCAAAUGGUUAAACCACCAACUGUCAACUGGCUUAACCACCAACUGGCUUAACCGCCAUCUGGCACCUUUCUCAACCAUCAACUGUCAACUAACUAAACCCCAAACUAUUGACUUUCUCGACCACCAACUGUCAACCUGCUCAACCAACUGUCAAAUGGUUAAACCACCAACUGUCAACUGGCUUAACCAACUGUCAACUGGCUCAACCAACUGUCAACUGACUAAACCCCUAACUAUUGACUUUCUCGACCACCAACUGUCAACUUGCUCAACUGGCAACGUGCUUAACACCGCUAACUGUCAACUUGAUCAACCGUCAACGGCCCACUUGCUCAACCGUCAACCGUCAACUGCUCACUUCCUCAACCACCAACUGUCAACUGGCAACUUUCUCGACCAUCAACCAACUGGCUCAAACACCAACUCUUCAACUUGCUCAAUCGUCAACGGUCAACUAUCAAACGGCUCAACCGCCAUCUGGCAACUUGGUGAACCACCAACUGUCGACUGUCUCAACCACUACCUCGUAACUGGCUCAAUCGCUAUCUGGCAACUUGCUCAACCGCCAACUGUCAACUGGCUCCCUCGUUCCACUAUUAACUGGCCAACGGGCUUCCUGGCUGACCGGCCAUCCCGCCAACUCAUCUGGUACCUUGCUCAACCACCAACCGUCAACUUGCUCAAUCGUCAACUGUCAACUGCCAACUUGCCCAACCACCAACUGUCAACUUGCCCAACCACCAACUGUCAACCUGCUUAA